GUGCUGGCAACUACCAUGACCUCCGUCACAGCGUCGCAUGCAUUGAACGCGAUUCCGGCAGAGUUUCGGUCUCAGGUUUGGUGCAAAGCCAACGUUCAGUACCCUCCGACGUUGCAGCUUCCAGCAGCGGCGAUCGUAGAGAUUCUCACAAAAGUUGCUCAAGCAAUUCAUCAGAUUCCGUUCUCAUGGUCACUCAUUGAUCAACCACCGGACGGUUCGAUUUUCUUACUAUGGCACCCGGCCACUAUGCCGUGUCCACCAGAUGGAAUGCAUUUUUUAAGUCCUGAAAAGGUGUACCAGCUCCAGGCGAAUGGAAAGACGUUAGAAGUUCAUGAAACACGACACGGCUUCUUUCCAUUGACGGAAAGUCAAACAUUACAUACCCGGCGGCGUUACCGGCUACUGGGAACAGGAUUGGAUCAUAUGUGGCUUAACCACUAUGUUCGUGGAAAGGACAGCGACGUGGUAAAGGCGACGCUGGCCGCCUCUCGUCCUCCUCAAUUGCGUCGGUAUCCGUUACCAGUGAUUGCUUCUCCACCGUUCUUACUCGUGGACCCAAAACAAGUCGCAUUGGCUCAAGCACAGGCACAUGCUCAAGCCCAGGCGCAAGCACAAGCGCAAGUUCAGGCACAAGUGCAGGCUCAUGCCGCUCAGGCUGCGCAUCAGGUUGGAAUGGAUCGGAAUGCGGCAGCCAUGUCGUCUUUGGCCCAGCAGCAUCCUCACCCCCAUCAUCCGUCUCAUCAACCGACACCUACACCUCCCCAACAGCAGCAGCAGCAAGCCGCUGCUGCUGCAGUAGCUGCUAUGAAUAUGCGUCGGGCGUCUGCAACGCCGGCAGCUUCUGCGGCUGCUGCCACUGCCGCAGCGAUGGAAGAAGCCGAGGUCGAACAAGGCGACUUGAUGGACGUGUUGACUCCCCGGCAAAUCAGCUUGUCGCGUUACGUUCGACACCAUGAAUGGAUGGAGCAGGUGCUCGUUACGCUGCAGGCAGCGUCUGACAUUGAGCCGCCUUCCCUAUGGGCCGAACUGAAAACCCCAGAGGAAUUAGAGCAGAUGUGUUCCCGGAUGGACGAGCAGUUGAGCGAGUACCGUGAACGACAAAAGGAAAAGUUUGCUGAGCUCGAGCAUGCGGACGAGCUUACGGCGUAUUUGAAGGCAGUUGGCGAGGUGCGUGAUGAACAAGCACUUCGAGAACUGCAAACAAAGGUCGAAGAGUUUGUGAACAAAAAAGUUGUCUUGGAGGAGCGUUGUAUCGCCCGGCCGGUAGCUACGCUCUCUGAGAUAGAAAUGGCAGCAGACACCACGCAGCCGACUACGAACGAAGAAAAGCAGCAGCAGCAACCGGAUGAUCUGCCGACUGCUGCUCCCCCAGCAGACGACGUCCCAAUGCAGGAGGCAGGGGACGCACAUGUUACCGCAGACGUUGCUGCUACACCGGCCACCAACGUCCCUUUGCCAGACGCUUCUGCUGUUCCUACCGCUGCCGCUGCUUCUGCAUCUGCAUCUGCUCCUUCCGCUGCCUCUACACCUACUCCCUCCCACUCCCUUGGAUCCUUGUAA